AUGAUUCAAAGUGCCAUGGAUGAAGCUAAUAAAUUAAUUGAGCAACAAGAAUUAGCAAAGACGUUGACUCAAACAUCAGAACAUCUGGAAAACGCUGAUCCUCUUGAUGCAUUACAAGUUAUAAAAGAUGUUCAAGAUUUAAUUGAAAAGGUCUGUGAAAAAAAAGACGAUAUUGACAUAGAUCAAUCUAUCAAAAAUUUCAAUACUGAUCAAUUGAGAAUAUUUAAUACAAUUACAUCUGCAAUAUCAUCUGGAAAUAAAGUAAUAAGAAUGUUUGUUAGCGGAUUUGGAGGUACUGCAUUUAAUAUCCAGGGACUGACAAUCCACAGAUUAUUACAAUUACCUGUAGAGCAAGGAGGCACAGCAAAAUAUAAACCUUUAUCCGAUAAUGCGUUGAAAAGAUUACAACAAAGUUUAAAGGAUGUUGACUUUAUUAUCAUUGAUGAAAUUUCGAUGAUAUCAAAUAUAACCCUUAUGUAUAUUCACUUACGUCUGGCAGAGAUUUUUUGUACAUCGGACAAAGAAGACGGUUGGUUUGGUAAAAUAAAUAUUGUCGUAUUUGGUGAUUUAUUGCAACUACCACCUGUGCGAGAAGAUUUUGCUUUCAUUGCACUAACAAGAUCGCAAAUUGAAAAAUAUAUUAAAGGCAUGUUGUCAUUUAAUUUAUGGACUUUGUUCGAAUAUGAGGAAUUGACUAUAAAUAUGAGACAGAAAAAUGAUAAAGUUUACUCAGAAAUUUUAGGUAAAUUGAGAUUGGGUUAUUUAGCCAACUCCGAUAUAGAAACAUUACAAAAAAGAAAGAUUCCUUUUUCUAGUCAUACUCCUUCAAUUUCUCUUCAUGAAUUAUACGAAUAUUUUAAUAAUUUGCCAAAUAAUACAGUGUGCUUGAUGCCAACUAAAGAUAUUUGUGCAAUACUUAAUAAUACCAUGUUGGAUAAGUUAGAGGCAGAAGAGAUAAAGUUAAUUGCUAAUGAUUGUUACAAAUGCCCCAAAAGAUUAGAAAAAAGGGUUUUGAAAAUUUUAAAUCAAGACGAUGACAACGCAUGUGGUAUUUCUCGAGUGAUCACAAUAAAAAUAGGUUGCAAAAUUAUGAUACGAAGGAAUAUCGAUGUGUCUAUUGGAUUAGUUAAUGGAACUAUAGCAACAGUUAUUACAGUGAGCAAAGGAAAAACAGGUAUAGAUAGCGUUACCAUUAAACUUCAAUCGAAUCAAGAGUAUUCUAUCAAACGAUUAGAAUAUCAAUUUCAAAUAAUGGAUCAAGUAUUCAUUACUAGAGAACAAUUUCCUUUUUGUCUCAGUUAUGCUAUCACUAUUCAUAAAAGUCAAGGUUUAAGUUUAGAAAAUGCUGUUGUAGAAGCAGGAAAUAGCAUUUUUAGUUGUGGUCAAACAUAUGUAGCUUUAUCCAGGAUUACUAAAUUAGAAGGUUUACAUUUAAUUAAUUUCGAUCCUUCUAGUAUCAAAGCUAACGAGUCAGCUAUAAGAGAAUAUAAUAGAUUGAGAAAAGAACAUCGCCCAGAUCUUGAUACUUAUAAUAUACCAGACACGGAUCCAUAUAAAAAUAACAAGAUAUUUGACAGUGUAUGGUCUGUUUCGCGUCAUGCACUGCAGGUUCAAGCCGAUAAUCGUAAUAAUAUUCUUGAACGUCCAUUGACUGACUUUAGAAGAUAA